CUGAAGGACGCCUUGGAUGCGAGUCAUUUUGCGCUUCGUCGAUUACGUGUUGGAUGAUUGGGCGUUUCUCCCGAAUCCAACUCAGAAGCCGCGCGAUUAAGGCUUUGGGUUUGUGAAUUCAAAGUCCGCAUCCAUUCCCAUUCCCAUUUAUGUAUUUCUCUUGUGUUUUUCACUUUCAAACAUUCUUCCAAUUUCUAGGGUUUUUUUUAUCGGUGUAAGAUUUAUUCCCAGAAAUCCCUGGUUCAACCAAAUUCUGGUGUUAUAUGCUUCUAAUUUCUCGAAAAUGUUCAACAAGAUCAUUAAGCGUGCCCACAAGAAAUCAGCAAAAUCGGCAUUCAAUGAAAAUUCUGCAAACGGAUAUCAAUUUUACGAAGUAGUUGUGAAGCAUGCGUCUCGUGCAGCCACCGCCAAUUCAGAGCCCCAAAACUCGCCUCGUGCGGUGGCGCCACCCAAUCCCACCGUAAUCAAACCACUGCCACCACUGCACGAAGUUGCUGUUUCAGAACGUCCAACUUUGUUUCUGCAAAAAAUUCAACUGUGUUGCUUCUUGUGCGAUUUUUCAGACACUCUCAAGUCCGUUUAUGAAAAGGAAAUCAAACGCCAAACACUUUACGAGCUUGUUGAUAUUAUACAAUCGGGGUCCUUCGGAUUCGGCGAUUAUCAAGAAGAGCUUAUUGCGAUGGUGUCUGUUAACAUUUUCCGUUGUUUGCCUCCAGCAUCCCAUGAGAAUACAGGGACUGAAACCAUGGAUCCUGAAGAUGACGACACAUAUAUGGAUCCUUCUUGGCCACAUUUGCAGCUUGUGUAUGAAAUUCUGUUGAGGUACAUUGUGGCAUCUGAGACCGAUAUAAAGACUUCCAAGCGCUACAUUGAUCAUGUAUUUGUUUUGAAACUUCUUGACUUGUUUGAUUCCGAGGACCAGCGCGAGCGCGAGUAUUUGAAGACAAUUCUUCACCGGAUUUAUGGCAAGUUCAUGGUGCACAGGCCUUUCAUAAGGAAAGCUAUCAACAAUAUAUUCUAUCGGUUUAUAUUUGAAACACAGAGACAUAAUGGUGUAGCUGAGUUGCUGGAGAUCCUGGGCAGUAUCAUAAAUGGAUUUGCAUUGCCAAUGAAAGAGGAGCAUAAGCUGUUCCUAAUCCGUGCUCUUAUACCACUUCACAAGCCUAAAUCCAUUUCCUCAUAUCAUCAACAAUUGUCUUAUUGCGUUGUUCAGUUUGUUGAGAAAGACAACAGGUUGGCAGAUCCUGUGAUCAGGGGACUGUUGAAGUACUGGCCCGUCACAAAUUGCCAUAAGGAAGUUCUUUUUCUUGGAGAACUAGAAGAGGUUCUGGAGGCAACUCAACCUGCUGAAUUUCUACGGUGCAUGGUCUCUCUUUUCAGGCAGAUCGGGCGCUGCCUUAACAGCCCUCACUUUCAGGUUGCUGAACGAGCACUUUACUUGUGGAACAAUGAGCACAUUAUAAGUUUAGUGGCUCAGAAUCGAAAUGUUAUAUUGCCAGUAAUCUUUGAAGCUCUGGAAAAGAACAUGAAUAGCCAUUGGAACCGAGCAGUGCAUGGGCUAACAGCCAAUGUGAGGAAGAUGUUUUUGGAGAUGGAUGCCGAACUGUUUGAAGAGUGUCAAAACCAGUACUUAGAGAAGGAAGCAAGGGCUAGAGAAUUGGAAGAGAAGAGAGAGUUAACAUGGAAGAAAUUGGAAGCAGUGGCUGCACAAGCCGUGAGGGAUGAUAUGGUUUUGGUUAACUGAUAAAUUGGGGCCGCAACUUUUCUUUUCACAUUGGUUGUUGUGCAGAAAUUUCUUCCUAUAUUGAGGUUACAACACGGCUGCAUUACUGCAUGACGUAUGUUGGAAAGGAAGAAAUUAUAAUUUUAUGUUAAUUACAAGGUGUGGUGAACAGGAUGUGCAAAUUGACAAGCUUGUGAGUCCUGUUUCUUACUGAACAAGGUUUUCAGUGUUUCUUUUGAUCUAUUACCUCCUUGUUUUUUGGUUCAUUCUUUAUAUCCAAUAUCUUGUGUUAAUUGUAAAUACAAACUUCUAUUUUCCUUCAAUGAAGUUGUCAUUUA